CACUCUGCCGCAGGGAGCUGAGCCACCGCGCCACUGCCAACCGCGCCUCCCCCAGUCCCCAUGGUUACAGUUCCUGCUUCCCGGCCGUCCUUAGUCCUCUGGCUGCUGCUGCUGCUGCUGGUGGUGCUACUGCAGAAGGCGGGCACCGGUGGCUGGCAUCCACCAGCCCGGAGCUAGAAGCCGCUGCUGCUGCUGCUGAGAGUGAGCUGGAUGCCUGCUCUCCUGGACUCGACUUCCUCCCACCCCCCCAGUGCCUUUGCCAACGCCGCCCCGCACUGGCCACAGCAGGUCCAGGCUGCAGCCCUGCAAUCUGUUGAUAACUCCACUCAGAAGCUGUAGGCUUUCGUCAUGGAAAUCCGUUCUCUGGCACCCGAGACCCGCCACAUCACGCCUGAGAGAAGCAUGAGACCUGUGCCUCUCCAGCUAAUUUUACCAAAAUAGUCUUUGCAGGUGGGUCAACCUGCAGUAACUGCAGCUACUCUGUAAACCCAAUCACAGUCAUCCAGAGACAGCCUGCCCAGGAGCUCCACUGUGGCUGUUGUUUGAGACUUUGACCUUCUGGAUGGCCAUGGAGGCUGGAGGGGAGAAGGGUGCAACAUAGUGGUCUCUGCCAGCAACACCACUCCCACCGGUGCAUUCGCCUUCCUAUCUCUACAGGGCUCAUGGAUUUGAAGACUGUCCUCUCCCUUCCCCAAUACCCAGGGGAGUUCCUACACCCCGUGGUAUAUGCAUGCACUGCAGUCAUGCUGCUGUGUCUCCUCGUGUCCGUCAUAACCUAUGUCCUGCACCAAAGCACCAUUCGGAUCAGCCGGAAAGGCCGGCAUGCACUCCUGAACUUCUGCUUCCACGCAGCUCUGACCUUCACCGUGUUCGCCGGAGGCAUCAACCGCACCAAGUACCCCAUCCUGUGCCAGGCAGUGGGCAUUGCUCUCCACUAUUCCACGCUCUCUACCAUGCUGUGGAUUGGAGUCACUGCCAGGAACAUCUACAAGCAAGUGACCAAGACGGUUCCACCAUGCCCAGGUGCAGACCAGCCACCGUACCCCAAGCAGCCCCUACUCAGCUGGCAGAAAACCUUCAGGCAUGGGGAUAUCAAUUUCAUGGUGACCAUGUAUUGGCAUAUGGGGACCCAAUGGAUCAGAAAAGAGACCCUGCUCAAGCUGAGCAUCUACUACCCACUUCUCAGGGGGAUUCACAUCAGACUUCAAACCAAAGUUAUGUGAGAUGCACCAUGAAAUUACAUAUGGCCUAUGAGGCAGCCUUCUUAUGCAGGUUCUACCUCAUCAGUGGAGGAGUCCCUUUCAUCAUCUGUGGAGUCACAGCUGCCACAAACAUCAGGAAUUAUGGAACAGAGGAUGAAGAUAUGGCAUACUGCUGGAUGGCCUGGGAGCCAAGCCUCGGUGCAUUCUACGGCCCAGCAGCCUUCAUCACCCUGGUCACCUGCGUGUACUUCCUCGGUACAUAUGUGCAACUUCGGCGCCACCCUGAGCGUAGGUAUGAGCUCAGAGAGCGCACUGAGGAGCAGCAACGGCUGGCAGUUCCAGAUGGGAGCCAUCGGCAAGGGAUGCAACCUGGCACCCCACCCACCUGUGAUGCCCUGGCUGCUUCCCAGCUGCAGAAUGAACACUCUUUCAAGGCCCAGCUGAGAGCAGCUGCCUUCACACUGUUCCUGUUCACAGCCACAUGGACCUUUGGGGCUCUGGCUGUGUCCCAGGGCCACUUCCUGGACAUGGUCUUUAGCUGUCUAUAUGGCGCCUUUUGUGUGACACUGGGGCUUUUUGUACUCAUCCACCACUGCGCCAAGCGGGAGGAUGUGUGGCACUGCUGGUGGUCUUGCUGCCCAUCCCAGGGAGAGACCCCCACCACCGCUAAGCCCAGCACCCAUCCCACACUUGAUGCCAAUGGGGAUGUGCUGGGGCAUGCAGCCUGUCUACAGGACUCCCCCUGCCCCAGCAAGAUGAGGGGCUUUGGUCACCCCCCUAUGGGCCAUUGCAAGACCAACCUGCAGGCUGCCCAGGGACAUGUCAGCUGCCUGUCUCCUGCCACCCCUUGCUGUGCCAAGAUGCACUGUGAGCAGCUGAUGGAGGAGGAGGCCCACAUGCAUAUGGCUGAGGAGGAAACCUUCCCACAUGACCCUCACCUGCACAGGUGCCUCAAGGGCCGAACUAAGCCUCACUACUUCAGCCGACACCAGGCAGUUGCAGCAGAGCGAGAAUAUGCCUACCAUAUCCCCUCCAGCUUGGACGGCAGCCCUCACAGCUCACACACAGACAGUCCCCCCAGUUCACUUGAGGGUCCAAUGGGAAUGCACACACUGGCCUGUUGUGCUCAGGCGGACCCCUUCCCCAUGGUCAGCCAACCUGAGGGUGGCAACACCAGCCCUGGGCUCUAUGGCUGCCCCCGACUGUCUCCUGGCCCAGCCCACUUGGAGAUGCUGCGGAGGACACCAUCCCUGUCUUUUGGUGGUCACAGUCAGAAUGGGCUGCUCCAAGGUGAUGGUCCAGAAGGCAUGACAUUUGGCACUGAUGGGGCAGUUAACAUUCGAACUGGACCUUGGAAAAAUGAAACUACAGUGUAGGGGAGGGGCUGGAAACAUGUCACCCUUGUGUGCCAUAAUGUCCCUAGAGGAACUUCAGAGCGGAGAGGGCCCUCUACCAUGUGGAGUUUGUGGGUGGGAGAGGGAGUCACCAAAGUGACCAAGAAGUUUCAAAGUGGUUCACACCCCUCAGUUGUGACCCUUUUGUUGUGAAAGACCCCAUUGAGAGAACACUGGGCCAUGCCUGCCUACAUUGGUUCCUGGUGGGGAGGCAACUGUCCACAUGCUGUCACUGCUUUCUGUUUGUAGCACCCUCCUUUGUGCUCCUGGGAGGAGAACUAAGAGACCUUUGUGGAGGCUCCAUCCUGCCUUCGGUGUGUGUGCGCUAGGGUUUGUUCUAGGGCCACAGCAGCAGCCCUCCACAGCCCUCCACACUGGGCAGUUUCCAUAGCUCCUGCUGUCCUUAUGUUGCCUCACACCUGAAACUUCACUAGGGACCCACCUGGCACCUCUUUCUGCUCACUGCCUACACCCAUCCUGGAUGUGGCCCUGGCCUGGCAGCCUGAGGACAUCUUUGGAGCUGAGAAUGAGCCUGCUCUGGAAUCAUAAGGAGGAGCAGCAGAUGAUGGUUGUAGCCCUCAGAGAGCUGGUUACAGUCUCUGUGAGUCCAUGCCUGUGGAAGAUGCCCAGACACUCUUAAUGGAGACAUGGCUUCUAAAGCUAGGUACUAUAAGGACCAGAUUCUACUCCAAAGUGAGCAUUUAGCCAUCAAGUUUUCUGUUCCUCAAAGAGGGGUUAACCUGGGUGUACGGACAAAAUUUUCUUUUCCUUUCUUGUGUCUCCAUGGCCAUCUGGAAACAAAGCCCCACAUCAAAGGACAGAUGUUGAUGACAGUGAGCCUUUUGUGAAAAUAAGUGUGUUGUCCUUAGUGGAAGUCUCCACAGAGGUGGGAGUCCAUAUGUGCAGACAGGCCAGUUUAUGAGACUGUGCCAAGACAUUUUUCCCUUCCUUUCUCCUCCUUGUCUGUGGCUCAUGUGCCUACAUACACACACACACAUGCACAUAGCACAUGCAUGUACACACACAAACACAUGUCCCCCCCUGCACACUUACACAUGCCACGCACAUGCACAUCCACACACUUGCACACCACGUACAUCUAUGUGAACACAUGUACAAAUGUGUGUGCAUGAUUGCACACUGUCACACAUGUGCACACAUACUGCAAUACCCAUAUAUACACACGGUUGUAUACAUUGAACACACCAUGAUCAUUUGUACACAGUGUUUUCUAGUCCUUCCUACUGCAGGCAUGGGUGUCAGUGUCACUGUGACUUGCUUCAUGGGAUCAGAGCCUUGUUGAUGUUCACACCUCCUAGGAGAGGCCAUGGUCUAAUUCCUAGAAGGUUGGAGGCCACAUAUUCUGCAGUCUGGGGUGUGCAGUGCCACCUGGAGGCCAACCCUUAGUAUCUGAGUAAGGAGCCUGGCACUGAUGCGUACCAGUUCCUCAGUGACUUUGUUCCUCACUGCAGCGUGUCCACACCCUCUGCAGACCCCACAUGUCCUUCAGGUCAACAGAAGAGCAGCCAAAGACCACCAGACAGUUUGGGCUCCCUUCACUGUCCAGCCUCUCACCUGCCUUUGUAGCUGAUGUGCACAAAACCUGUCAUGCUGUGAACAUGCUGUAGAUACAGACCAUCCAGAGGAAAAUACAGUGUUUUACAUUGUU